AUGGCUAAAUCAAUCACCCCAUCACAAGUACGCGAGCAUUGGAGAAAUGGCAAAGAAAUUGCCCUCCUCGACGUCCGCGAAGAAGGACCGUAUGCCGAGUCUCAUCCUCUCUUCGCUAUAAGCGUGCCAGUAUCAGAGAUUGAACAGAAACUACCGCCCCUCGUUCCCCGACUAUCCGCCCCGAUCGUUGUGUACGAUAACGGGGAGCAGUAUGCCGACCGGGCGGCAGCCCGCAUCUUAGCGCUUGGAUACCGCGACGUCUCCAUCCUGGAGGGCGGACUUGCUGGAUACGCGCGUGUCGGCGAAGUAUAUCGCGAUGUCGGCGUACCAUCCAAAGCAUUCGGAGAACUGGUCGAGUCCAUCAAUCACACCCCAUCUUUAUCUGCGCGCGAGGUCAAGGACCUGUUGGAAAGAGAGAGCGAUGUUGCUGUCCUGGACGCGCGGCGUUUCGAGGAGUAUAAUACCAUGAGUAUUCCGCAUGGGCGCAGCUGUCCUGGAGGAGAACUUGUUUAUCGCAUCUUUGAAGCCGUGCCUUCCCCGACGACUACUGUUAUCGUAAAUUGUGCGGGCCGGACGCGGAGUAUUGUGGGGACACAGUCCUUGAUCAAUGCUGGGAUUCCCAAUCGGGUGGUUGCGCUCCGGAAUGGAACGAUUGGAUGGACUUUGGAGGAGCUGAAAUUGAAGACGGGUGAAACGGGCCGGGUUUCGCAGCCUUCGGGCGAUGCGGUGAAAAUAGCACGGCAACAUGCUGUUGCUUGGGCAGAGUAUGUUGGUGUCUCUGUGAUCGGGGAGAAUGAGCUUCGGCGCUUUGCUGGGGAGUCGGAAGAACGCACCUUGUACCUACUGGACGUGAGAGAUCCGGAGGAAUUUGCACUCGGCCAUCCUGUGGGAUUCUCAAAUGCCCCUGGUGGCCAAUUGGUUCAAGCAACUGAGGAAUGGGUUGGCGUGCGAGGUGGCCGUCUCGUACUGUACGAUAGCGACGGCGUGCGAGCGCGUAUGACAGCCAGCUGGUUGCAGCAAUUGGGAUGGGAGGUGUAUGUCCUGGACGAGGAGACCCCGGUGCCUGGUGAUCUACCACUCGGGAAGGUCACAUCCUGGAAGCCCCCGCAGUCGUCAUCCAUCUCAAUCGGUGCCCUUAAGAGUCUCGCGACAGCAACUGUGGUUGAUCUUGCUCGCAGUCCGGCGUAUAGGAAGGGCCAUAUUCCCGGAGCAUGGUUUUCUUCUGGGCCUGAACUUGUUCGAGAUCUUGGAGAGAUCGCCGGCGAUGGGCCUAUUGUUCUCACCUCACCUGAUGGUAUUGUCGCUGCAGCGAAUGUUGAGGAUGCGCGGAAUUCAGUCUCACGGGAAAUUCUAUAUCUGGAAGGAGGUACAAAGGCUUGGGUGGAAGCCGGUCAUGCCCUUGAAAUUGAGUCGCGGUGGCUAAGUGAGCCCAUCGACGUGUAUAAACGGCCAUAUGAGGGGACAAGCAACGCACGCAAGGAUAUGCAGGGGUAUCUGGACUGGGAGUAUGGGCUUGUGGCGCAACUGGCGAAUGAUGGUGUCUCCGGGUUUCGAGUUGUGCGGGAUCAGCGUGGACAACCUGGUAAACGAAGUAAUAAAUAA